AUGACAGAACCUUACUACAGAGUAUACUGGGGAAGAAACAUUGACAGAUCGGCAUUUCGAGUGGAGCACGCUAAAUCAGAGUCAGGGGACUGGACGUAUGCUUCUAGUUGCGGUUAUGAUCAAACUUCAAUGGAUGCCACCGCCCCUCGCAAUGCUGAUACCUUGGAAGAGUGUGGAGGGCGUGAGGGAUCUUCAAACCCAGCUGUCCCGACGACCAACAAGACCUCGACGGAAGAAGAUACCGAUAAAUCUCAUGAAGCGGAAGUAUUUAGAACUGAGCAUCGACAAGUCCAGGAUGAUGAACCGGGACAGACCAGUCUAGUGCCCUUUAGUCAGGUCGGCCAGACCGGUGUGGGCACUCAGACUGACCCAGCUCCCAGUGACUACACCCCACCUGGAGAUGGAAGCAAGCUCAUUGGACAUCCUGAGCUCGAAUCCUGGGUGAUUGCCAGUGGUUCCUCCGCUGACGAGUCCUCUACCAGUCCUGCGCCCGUUCCCAAUUGGUGGGAAACAACAUUUCGCAGUAUUUUCAGUAGAGGCUCCAAGGGCGAGUAG